UUUUGUUGUCAAACAAGGAAAGUGAGAUAGUUUCAUCAUAAAACAAUUAGCUAGGGAAUAGGCAGGUUCAUAUGAAGAAUAAAAAAUUUAAUUCAAUGAAACCAUUUUCAAUUCUCAUUUUUUGUUAAUCGUGUGAUUUUUGCAUUGGAUGGUUUCAUUUGUAACAAAUUGUGAAUAGAAAAAAAUAAAUAAAUAAAAAAAUGGGAAGUGAAGUUGAGAUAGAUGAUGUUAGUUUUAAUGGUGAUUGUGGCAUUGAUUACGAUGAUGAUGAUGGCAUUGGUGGAGAACUCAGUCCAAUGAGUUCAUUGCUGGUGCCAGAGAUAGCUCUUUCCGAUGGCAACGAUGAUUUCGACGAGACAAACGGUGAGAGCAGUUCAAGCCUCUUAAUCGAAGUAACAAACGGCAUACGGUCAUACAAAUGUGAUGUGUGCGAGAAACAGUUCAAAAGGAAGGCUCAUCUAAGAAGGCAUUAUCGCCUUCACACCGGUGAAAGACCGUAUGAUUGUCAAUGGUGCGGCCAAGCGUUUGCACGUUCCGAACAACGAAAUCAGCACAUGGCAAAGGAGCACAAACAAGCGCGCAUCAAUUGUAGCAUUUGCGGCAAAGGAUAUAGUAACGACGAGGAGCGCAUCAAUCAUAUGGUGUUACAUUUGGAAAAUCGUUAUUUUCGUUGUACAAUUUGCAUGAAAGAAUUCGAUAAGGCUAGUUUAUUAUCCGCUCAUAUGCAAAUCCAUACGAAAAACGAACCGAUGGGCGAAUCACGAAAAACAUUCAAAUGUACAACAUGCUUGAUGGAAUUUACGCGAUUCGAUCAUCUCAUUCGGCAUCAAACAGUGCACUCAGGUGUAAAAAUGUUUCAAUGUAAAUUUUGCAUGAAACGCUUCACUCGAGCCGAUAAUCGAACAAAACACGAAAAAACGUGCCGAAUCGGACAUCCAAAUGAAACAAAUGAAUCGUUUGAAAUAAAAGAAGAAGUUAUCAUCAAAACCGAACCACAACCACAAACGGACCCAUUGGCGAUUAUCAAUGUGGAAUCGAUUCCAGAAGAUUAUUUUGAAGACAUCGAUACCAGCAAUAAUACGGAUGAUUUAUUGGAAAAUAUCGAUUUAUUUCAGGACACCACUGAAAAUAGUUUAAUUGAAGUUGAAAACAAAAAGCCAUUGAUCAAUGCAGUUGAAUACGUUCGCAUGAAACAAAGUGAAGCGGACGAUGAUUUGAAAAAAAUGGGCGGCAUUCGGCAAAGAGUCGAGCGACCGAAAUUAACGCAUGAAGAAAUUGCAACGCUUACCUGUAAUAUUUGUGGUAAAACUCUGGCACAAAAAUAUCAUCUUGUUCGCCACAAAGUCAUACAUCUCAACCAAAAGCCAUAUAAAUGCUUAAAGUGUUCCCGGUCAUUUGCUAGGCGGGAGCACCUAAGGCACCAUUUAAUCACGCACAAAAGACAAACGGAGAGAAUGAAUGAACUUGUUGAACAACACCGGCGAGAUAUACGCUCAACUCCCGCUCCAGUUCGGCCAAAAAUCAAAUCCGAUCCAUGCGUUCCAUCAACAUCCAAACCGAAUCGGUACAGAGAUACACUAACGGGCACGUUGAGACAACAGUUACUUCAUCGAUUCAAAUUAUUUGCAAUAAAACUGAAGCACGAAAAUAUGAAUCCGGAAAAUGGUGAUUUUUAUGAACAAUGCUUCAACUUUAUGGGCAAUUUGAUAAUGUCAAAUAUACAAGGUGUUAACAAAGAAAUGUUUUCGGUUGUUUCUACCGUAAAUAACCCAUCACAAAAUGUGAAAACGUCAUUAAUGCCAACUGUCACAAUAAAACAAGAAGAUGGACAAUUAUUUGUGAAAAAGUACUCGUGCAACCAGUGCGAAUCAUCUUUUCCAACAAUCAGACAUCUUGAAAGACACUCAGUUCAACAUACCGGCGAAAAGCCACACAUAUGCGAAGUAUGUGGCAAUCGUUUUACCCGAGCUGAACAUAAGCGGAGACAUAUGGCCAUUCAUACAAAUUCACAGAAUUACGAAUGCGAGAUAUGCCUAAAGAAAUUCAGUCGCUCCGAUCACAUGGUCGCUCAUUUUAAGGUGCAUCAUUCUGGAGUCAAACCAUACAAAUGUAAAUUUAUGUGCGGCGAACGAUUUGAUACGUUCAAAGAAAAAUUAUUCCAUUCACGUCAUUGCAUAAAUAUACAACCGGCACCAACUUCAAAUAUUAAAGUCGAUGAAAUGAUGCCAUGCAGCAGUGAAUCACAAGAAGAUAUACCAAUAGCCGAAGAUCCAUUUGCCAAUGGGCAACUCGAAAACAAUGAACAAACCGAUGUGCAUCAAUUUCAGAGCCAUUUCAUCAAAACGGAAGCGUUGGAUUACCCAGAUGACGAUUACGAUCCGGUCUAUGGCUAUUAGAACCAUUAUACAUUUACCAUUUCAUGUAUAUUCUCAAAUCAAUUGCAAAGCGAGUGCACCGAUUUUACUUUUCUCCGUUUAUUGUAUUAAUUUUUCGUAUUUAGAUGUGGUUUUUUGAAUUUAAGAUAGUUGAAAAACAUUUUUACAACUAAAAAUUUUGAACUCAUAAAAUAUUUUCAAGAGCAAA